AUCAGGUCAGAUUUUAACAGUGCUAUGUCGAGGUGCUCAGCAGCCACAUCGACGAUAAGAUAAGCCCCGCUAAAAUUUCGAAAUUUCAAUUUUUUGAAGGUUGGGUUAAUCGCGGGGAGUUCAUCUUGCAGGAGUGAUUGGGAAUUCUGCACACCUUUCAAGCUUGCGACAUCACAAAAUGUCGUCAAUGAUAACUACAGCUACUUGGGUGCCGCGGGGAUUUGCGGCACCGUUUCCCACCAAAUACAACUUUGAUGAGGCCGAGUUUGAGCGCAUUGCAGAGCUUGCCAAGCUCCAGCUUGAUGAUGCGAACGAGGACUUGGAAGAGGCUCAGGAGCAAGAAGGCGGUGCCCAACUGACGGGAGAUGCGCCAGAGGGGACGAAUGCAAAGUCUUCAUCGAGAGAAGAGGACCCCAACCCCAUCGACAUUGACGAUGACGACCUGAAAGAAUACGACCUUGAGCACUACGACGACGACGACGAUCAACCAGAAGGCCAGCGCAUGGAUAUGUUCGGAAACAUCAAAUCGCUUGCCUACUACGAGUCCAACAAAGAUGACCCUUACAUCACGCUGCCCGAGGGCCAAGACGAGGACGAUGACCGAGAAGAGCUCCAGAUUUUGGCAACAGACAAUCUGCUUCUGGCUGCCAAGGUGGAGGACGAACUGGCACAUCUCGAGGUGUACGUGUACGAAGACGGAGCGGACAACCUAUACGUCCACCACGACAUCAUGCUUCCUGCGAUACCCCUCUGCGUUGAAUGGCUGGAUCUGCCUGUUUCGAAACCCAAUGUCGAGAAGGACUCUACGGCCAACUUCGUCGCGAUAGGCACGAUGGACCCCGAUAUCGAAAUUUGGGAUUUGGAUACGAUAGAUUGCAUGUAUCCCAAUACGAUUCUGGGUCAAGGCGGGAACCCGGAGGGCGAAAUGAAGAAGAAAAAGAAAAAGAAGGCCAAGAAGGCCAACGACGAGUAUCACGUGGAUGCUAUCCUCUCGCUCGCUGCCAACAGGAAACACCGCAACCUCUUGGCAUCUGCAUCGGCCGACAAGACGGUGAAGCUGUGGGAUCUGAACACUGCGAAGUGUGCCAAGUCGUACUCGUAUCACACAGACAAGGUCUGCUCAUUAGCCUGGCACGCGGUUGAAUCAACGGUGCUCUUGAGCGGCAGCUACGACCGAACAGUAGUGGCCGCAGAUAUGCGAGCGCCCGAUGCCAAGGUCCCGAGAUGGGGCGUUGAGAGUGACGUCGAAAACGUCAGGUGGGAUCCGCAUGACCCCAACUUCUUCUUCGUGUCGACUGAGAACGGCAUCAUCCACUAUCAUGACGUCCGCAAUGCGCCUUCGACCCCAGAGGCGAGCAAGCCUCUCUGGACCCUCCAGGCCCACGAUGAGUCGUUGUCGGCAUUUGAUAUCAACACCAACAUUCCCGGCUAUAUGGCAACAGGUUCAACAGACAAGACUGUCAAGCUCUGGAACAUCACACCAGCCGGACCGGCUUUGGUGGUGUCCCGCAAUUUGGACGUCGGAAAGGUUUUCUCCACCACUUUCGCCCCUGAUCCCGAGGUGGGUUUCCGACUGGCAGUGGCUGGCAGCAAAGGCACCAUGCACAUCUGGGACACUAGUACCAACGCCUCGGUCCGCCUUGCGUUUGCCCACAAAAUGGCAAACACUCCUGAAGCAGACGUAGAGGAUAAGCUUAUAGGUGUGGCGGACGACGACGUGGACGAGGGCGACGAGAAUGGGAUCGGAGCAGGAGAAGAUGAGGCCGAGUCCAUGGACGAAGACUAGCUGAAAACUAUUUUAAGGGAGUUUUGACUUUGAUAUCAUACCCACCGUUGAUAUACUAAACGGAUUUUGACUGUUUGGCUUCAGCCUUAGUGCCUCAAGCUAGUUUUAAUGAGCGACCGUAACGGGAGCCAAGAGGGCUAGUGCCGGGAAAGGGAUUAGAGAUGAACCCGUCGCCAACAUGAGACAAGGCCAGUUGAGCCUUCUGCACACAUGAUGCACGGGAGACUGGUGGUGCAUUUUGCAGAGGUCUGAAAACGGGUGGGGAGAUCUGUCGACAUGGUUUGAUCGUCUAGCAAAUGCCAACAACCUGGAUGAUCUACGGUGGUUACGCUAUCAUCGAACUGAAUAGGUACUGUUCCGAGACGCCGCUCAGAUAUUGGGUUGAAGUGGCAUAGUCGUCGAAGCC